CUUCACUUCCCUCACAGCCCGUCUCAGCCUCCUAUUGGUCAACAUGGACUUCAAUGGGACAUGGCAGGUCUACGCCCAGGAGAACUAUGAGGCCUUCCUCAAGGCCAUGGAACUCCCCGAUGAGGUCAUCAAGAUGGCCAAGGACAUCAAGCCUGUGACGGAGAUCACGCAGAAGGGCAAGGACUUCGUGGUGACCUCCAAGACGCCCGGGAAGACCGUGACCAACUCCUUUACUAUCGGCAAGGAGGCUGACAUCACCACCAUGGACGGCAAGAAGCUCAAGUGCGUUGUCAACAUGGAGGGCGGCAAGUUAGUGUGCAACACCGGCAAGUUCUGCCACGUCCAGGAGAUCAAAGGAGGCGAAAUGAUCGAGACUCUGAGCAUGGGCUCUGUAACUCUCGUCAGGAAGAGCAAGAAAAUGUGAAAACCUGGUCUGUGAAAUUUUAAAUAAAUGUCUCUUUAAAUAAAA